ACUCUACAUAAUAUACUAUGGGCAAUUCAGAUCUUAACACGUUGUGCAUCAACACUAUUCGCACACUCGCGGCUGAUGUCGUGAGGGCUGCUAACUCUGGUCAUCCAGGCGCUCCUAUGGGUUGCGCGCCCAUGGCUCAAGUCCUCUUCAGUGACUUUGUGAAAGUGACUCCUCAUAAUGCCCAUUGGGCUAACAGAGACCGCUUUGUCUUGUCCAAUGGUCACGCUUGUGUCCUUCAGUACAUUCUCCUCCACUUGAUGGGCUUCAAGCUUAGCAUGGACGACUUGAAGAACUUCCGUCAAGUCGGUAGCUGCACCCCUGGUCAUCCUGAGCGCGGUCAUACCGAAGGCAUCGAAGUGACCACCGGUCCUCUUGGUCAAGGUAUUGCCAAUGCUAUUGGCUUGGCUAUCGCUGAAGAAAACAUGGCCGCUACCUUUAACAAACCCAACUAUGAGAUCUUUAACAACUACACAUACUGUAUCCUGGGUGAUGGUUGUAUGCAGGAAGGUGUCCAGUCUGAAGCUUGUUCCCUUGCAGGUCAUUUGCAAUUGGGCAAAUUGAUUGCGCUUUAUGAUGAUAAUCAUAUCACUAUUGAUGGUGAUACGGCUGUUUCCUUCACUGAAGACGUGGUUAAACGUUUCGAAGCCUACGGUUGGCACGUGCAAGUCGUCGAUGAUGGUGAUAGCGACCUCAACGCCAUUAAGAAAGCCAUCGAAGCUGCCAAGAAGGUCCAAGACAAGCCCUCGCUUAUCAAGGUCCGCACCACCAUUGGUUACGGCUCGUUGUUGCAGGGUGAGGAAAAGACCCACGGUAGCCCCCUCUCGGAAGACGAUAUCAAGCAGUUGAAGAAGAAGUUUGGUUUCAACCCCGAUGAGAAAUUCGUCGUUCCCCAACAAGUCUAUGAACACUUCCACAAGCGCGCUGAGGAGAAUGCCAAGGCCGAAAAGGCCUGGAAUGACCUUGUCGAAAAAUACUGCAAGGAAUUCCCCGACGAGGGCAAGGAACUGAAGCGUCGUUUAGCUGGUAAGCUUCCCGACGGAUGGCAAAAGGCUUUGCCCAAAUACACUCCCGACGAUGAUGCCAUCGCUUCUCGCAAGUUGUCCGAAGCUGUCAUCAACAAGUUGGCCGAUGUCAUUCCUGAAUUGAUCGGUGGCUCAGCCGAUUUGACCGGUUCCAAUAACACCCGAUGGAAGACAGCUGUCGAUUUCCAACCCCCGAGCACCAAGCUUGGAAACUAUGGAGGUCGUUACCUUCGCUACGGUAUCCGUGAACAUGGUAUGAGUGCCAUUAUGAACGGUAUCGCUGCUUAUCAGGGUUUGAUUCCAUUCGGCGGUACCUUUUUGAAUUUCUUGACUUAUGCUUGGGGUGCUGCUCGUCUGAGUGCCUUGUCCAAGCUUCGUGUUCUCUACAUCAUGACUCACGAUUCCAUCGGUUUGGGAGAAGACGGUCCUACCCACCAGCCUAUUGAAACUUUGGCUCUUACGCGUGCCACUCCUAAUAUGUACACAUUCCGUCCCGCCGAUGGUAACGAAACUUCCGGUACCUAUCUCGUGGCCUUGGAACGCAGCGAUCAUCCCUCCGUCUUGGCUUUGUCGCGCCAGAAUCUUCCCCAGCUCAAGGGUUCAUCGAUUGAAGCUGUCCGCAAGGGUGGCUACGUUCUCGAACCCGAGUCUGACGAAAACCCCGACGUCAUUAUUGUCGCCACUGGUUCUGAAGUCAUGAUCGCCAGAGACGGUGUUGGUCUUCUGCGCAAGGCCGGUCUCAAGGCUCGUCUUGUCUCCAUGCCUUGUACCGAAUUGUUCGAUGAACAGUCUCUCGAAUACAGACAAUCUGUGUUGCUCAAGGGCGUUCCCGUGGUCUCCGUUGAGGCCCUGAGUACCUUUGGCUGGCAAAAGUAUUCUCACGCUCAAGUUGGCAUGGUUACUUUUGGUGACUCUGGUCAGUUCACAGAUGUCUACAAGAAAUUCAAGAUCACGGCUGAAAACGUCGCUGAAACGGCGCAAAAUGCAGUCAAGUAUUUCAAGCAGCACGGCAGUGUUCCCGAGUUGUUCCCUCAGUUUGCUCCCUGUACAUAAAAAAAGAUGUAGUUUAUACAACAUAACUGAAAAUUUUACAUUACUUGAAUAAAUGAAAAAUAUGGAUUUUUCUUUCCUUU